AUGCAGAUUCAGCCCAGUUUGUUGUCACAACGUAGUCGAGGUUUUCAACGUUCCAAGCGGCUGAGAUGGUGAGAUUUAAUAAUAAUUUUAUAAUUUUUCUUUUUUUUUUAGUUUUUAGGUGUCUAAAAUAAGGUCAAGAAUUUGUGUGGCCUUUAUCAUGAAAAAAAAUUAUGUAAUUGUAUGUUUAGGUACGAAGAGGCUUCGAUGAAUUUUGGAGCAAGAUUUGGACAUGCUAUGUGUUUUCAUAAGCCUCAAAAUCGGAUAUACAUCUUUGGAGGGGUCAACCAGAACAUGGCGAUGUUAAAUGACCUCAGACACUUUUGUUUGGUAAGCUUUCGCUCUUAAUUUUUUCUAAGCUUUAGAAACAAGGUCUGAACAAUGUUUUCAGAGGAAACGUCGAUGGAGUUUAGACGUCUACGAGUACCCACAACUUGAUGGACCUGAAGCAAUGUCAUUUGCAACGUUGCUCUCGUAUAAGGACUCAUUGAUCUUGUUUGGUGUGUUUGUGAACGAUUAUGGUAGUUCAUUUCGGAUACUGGUCUUGGAUUUGAUUUCAAAACAAUGGAACACAGUAAGAAGAACAUUUUAUAUUAUACAUGGUGUCCUAAGUUUAGAUCUAUCGAAACAAGCCGACGGAUGUGGCUGGCAACACAAUUGGACAUUCAGCAGUUGUGAUGGAGGAGAAAGUAAUAUUUUUCGGUGGAAUUACUCGAUGGAAUGAGGUUACCAACAGGAUCUUUGUCUAUUUUCCGGAGACAACAGCGAUUCAAGUGGUCGAUGUUGAGUGAGCAUUUUUAUGCGAAAAUUUUAUUGUUUUAAGAUAUCUAAUGUAUGGUUUUGCAGUUAUCCUCCAAUUCCACGAGUCCUCCCAGCUUUGUGUGUGCUGGAUCAACGAAGAAUUUUGAUCAUUGGCGGCCGAUCUUCACUUCAACAGCCUUUCACAAGACACGAAGAUGCCUUUCAAAUUGAUUUUGAUGAUGAAUUUAAAACUGCGAAAUGCACUAAAUUAGAGGUAGAUUUUCUUAAAUUAUUGUUGGAUUUGGCUUUUAGAUCGAAAAUCCAGAGAUAUUUCCGCCUUCAGUUUAUGCUCAUACAUCAACGGAAGACGGGAAAUUAAUAAUUGUCUCCACACCAGCAAGAUGCUCUCAUGUCUCGGUUGAUUCCCAAUAUUUACAAAGAUUGUUUCAACAAGGAAAAGCGACCGAAAGAUUUUUUGAUGUAAGGAAAUUUUGAAGAUGUUAUUUUAGGUGAUCAAAAUUUGGAAUUUUUGAAAUUUUUACAUGUAAGAUGAUGGAAUUGCCUUAAAAAAUCUGUCGUUUCAGAUAAAGCAUGAAAAACUCCCCCUGUUCCUUUGUUUAUACCGCAAUAAGGCGGCGGAAUUGGGAGAAAUCGACCAUUCUUCCUAUCCGAAACCAUCAAAUGUCUAUCAAUUUGCUUCGGCCAUCAAAAGCUUCGAACACACGGCUCCGAUUCGACUCUCCACUUACAUAGAGGAUGAUCAAAGCUUUCUGGAGACCCUGAACUACUCAUGGAGGGACGCUGUCGCCACAGUCGAACGCCUCAGGGGAUUUACGAUGUAUGCCCAUGACCAUUUUCACUGCCUUUUAUGGCUCACUCGUGAUCAUCCGACUGACAAAUGCAACACUCAUCAAGGCUCUAUGAUGUGUUAUAAGGUCGGAGGAUGCGUCUACAACAGCUUGAGGCAAUUUUAUUCGAGGGAAACGGACGAUUUUGUAAUUGGACUUCUAAAGACGAUGUAUCAGUUAUAUUGCCUUUCCCAAGGCGGAUAUCCCACGAAUUCGCCAUUCCCCCCGCUUCAGGAUGAUCCAGAAAUUAUAACAGAGCCUGUGAUAUCGGGUAAUACCUUAUUUUAGAUAUUAAUUUUAACUUUUUUGCGAUUUUUUUCGAAUUUUUGCGAUUUUUUCGAAAUUUUUUGUAAUUUUGACCUUUUUUUAGAUGAAUUUCCAAUUUCGAGACUGCUAGAACUACAAACAUUGGUGCCAGUCCACAGAACUAUCAUUGACACCCCGCUGAGCUCCACUUUUUUCACAGUAGAUCUCAAUUAUGUCAGAGAAACGGGAAAAAUAAGGUAAAAAUUUUAAUUUUAACCCAAAAAAUUUAGUUUUUGUAUUAAAAAAAGCGUUUUCAGGUUUUCCCAACAAACUCCAGCCUUUAACUCCCCUCAUUAUCAGCAAUAUGCUCCGGUGGUAUCAACGAAUUACGAGUUAUUUACGUGUGGAGGCGUCGAUCCCAUGGUAAAUGAUGUCAGCUUCACAAUGGAACGCCCUCUCAUACUAACUAAUCGAACGUAUACGGGUUAUUAA